CCUCGCGAUUCGCGACUGCGGAGUGAGAAAUUUACCCCUUCUGCGAAUUUAGUUGCGUAACAACGCCAGUCGUAUCAAAAUCAAUCGCCAUUCGAGACAGUUAAAGAGUGAAUCUUCAGUGUUGAAGUCGUGUUUUACGUGAUUUGCUAAAUAUUUAAAAAAAAUGGCUCGUGGACGUUCAGGUGGUAUGCGUGCAUCGGCUCCUACUCCCAGGACCGUCAGGUCAGCACCUAGACCAGCUGCUCGGCCAGUUCAGACUGCGCCAGUGCCAGCUCAAGCUGCCCCAUCAGCCCCGAUGAUGGCCCCUCAACAACAGGGGCCAGGUCUCAUGGGACAAAUGGCUGCCACUGCUGGAGGAGUUGCCAUUGGUUCUGCCGUUGGGCACACCAUUGGCCAUGCAAUGACCGGAAUGUUCAGCGGAGGAAGUAGCGAGGCAGCAGCAGCACCAGUUGCGGCCGCAGCUGCACCUCAGCAGCAAUACGCUCCCCAGCAAUCUGCACAAUCUGGUGCUGGCGGUGCCUGUGCCUGGGAAAUCAAGCAGUUCCUGCAAUGCGCUGAACAACAGUCCGACAUCACCCUCUGCCAGGGAUUCAAUGAAGCUCUUCGCCAAUGCAAGAUGUCAAAUGGUAUGCAGCUGUAAACUAGAUGUUGAAAAUAGCCUGUUGGCGCAUUUAAUGGAGCCAAGUAGAAGAUACAACUGAUUCUACAUUUAUGAUUUUAUAGAAAAUUUAUUUGUGAUUAUUGGCAAUUCGUUUAAAUCCAAAGUGUGUAUUCUUUUGAGAAAAGAAAAUAAAUAAA